AUGUCAAAAAACACAGAAGGUAAGGCUAGCUCCGUCGGAAACACACUUGUAAGAGGAGCCAACCAUUUGGCUGGAACUCUAUUAGGAACUGGCAAUAAUAGUGAUGAGGUGAAUAGUGUCGUUAGAAUCAUUAACACUUCAAAUUGCUCAUCAUUGACCUCUACGUCUUCCUACAAUUAUUUAGAUGAUGAACUAGAUUCUACACAAAAUAAUAGUAAAAUUAAUAAUAACGUGGAUUUCAAUGAUCUUGAUAUUAUCAACAACAAUGCAGAUGAUAAAGCGUCCACCAUUUCAAUGCAACCUUUACCAAAUCCAUCACCAUAUGUAGCAGCUUCCUCACCAAGGACUGUUCCAGCUUCUCAUGUCAAAUCUACUGUUGAAAGUAUACGAAAAAGAAUCCCAACAUUAAAAAUUAACGAAGAUGAAGGCUCUUCUGCUACUCCGAUAGAGACUGCAAGUAUGAUAGCCAUAGCUAAAGAAGAGAAAAAUAUGUUCCAAAGGUUAGGACGAUACAAGUAUAAGAUUUUGAAAAGAUACUUGACCAGUUUACUUUGUAUUUAUUGCUUUAUGAUUAUUAUUUUCCCAAUCUUUUGGGGAUCUCUGCAUGGAAGAGAUCACUUUUUAAACAGGGUUAGGUUUCUGGUAUUAAUAGAAGAUGAUAACUUAGUCUCCUCAGACAAUUAUCCCUUCAUGAAAACAGAUAAUAUGAAGCUAACUACUCACGUUAUGGACUUUUUACACAAGUCUCAUAAAGCCAAAUAUCAAACUUAUAAUACUUCAUCGUAUAUCAAAAAAUUUAAACUAGAAAAGUCUGAAAAUUGGGAUAAUUUAACAGAGGUCAUAAAUGAGGAUGUAAUUAACCAAAUCCAUCGAGAAAGAUUUUGGGGUGCGUUGUAUAUUCGUCCAAAUGUAACUCAAAAUUUGAUUAAUUCGUUCUUACCUGAAAAUCAAAAAAAUAAUACUUUUAACUUCGCUGAAAACUUUCAAAUUUGGUAUGAAUCAUCAAGAGGUCCAACAGGGGUUCAAUCAGUAAUAGUACCAGUCUUUACAAGGGCAGAAGCGUAUUUCCAAGCUUAUUAUACUGAUACCUACCUUCCAAAUUUAUUUCAUAAUAUUUCUCUUUCAAAUUCACAAACUAAAAUCCUAGAUAAUUUAAAUUAUACAAUCUACGCUGAAAAUUCCUUUGCUGGAUUUUCAAAUAAUGAUUAUAGACCUUUCCCAGGGCUACAAGUUUUUAUCCCCUUAGCUAUUGGUAUUGUUUUUGCUCUGUUAAUGACGGUUUUCCAAAUGGUGCUACAUUCUGGUCUCUAUAAAAAUAUUAGAAAAUAUUUAACUUUCAAAGAAUAUAUUCUGUUCAGAAUUGUAUCUCAAUGGGGAACCUUAUUUUUUGUUUCAAUUAUGUGGGCAGCUGUAGCUGCGAUGGUUCAAGUUAACUUUAAAAAAGCCUUUGGUGAUGGUGGGUUUGUCGUAUACUGGAUGACUAUUUAUUUAACAAUGUUGGCUAUGGCUGGGGCAAAUGAAAAUGUAUUAUCCGUUAUCUUAACUUUUGAAGAAAGAUUAAUGAUGCCUUGGGUCAUUACUUUUAUUAUUAUAAAUAUAUCAACAUCUUUCUUUGAUUUUGCACUCAAUAGCCCAUUUUAUAGAUUAGGUUAUGCAUUGCCAAUGCACAAUUGUGUGACAAUUUUUAAAGUUGUUAUGUUCAAUGCUUCAAAACAUAAGAUGGGUAGAAAUUAUGGUGUUUUAAUUGCAUGGAUAGCUUUAAAUUAUACAUUAUUCCCCUUUGUUAUAAAGCUUUGUGAUUGGAAAAAAAAUAGGAAUAACAUCAAAGCUAAGGCCAAAGCUGAUGCAUCUCAUUCGAAGAAAGAUAAACCACCAAUUACUCAACACAUAGUUACUACCCAUAUAGUUAAAAAAGAAGGACAUGAGGAAACUACGCAUCAAGUUUUAUCUCGGUCAAACUCCAAUUGA